AUGACGGACAAAGACACAAAUGAAGCAUGCCAUAUCGAAAUGGCGCAGCCCGACCCCGAAGAGAAGACCUCUCAGAGGAUGGUUGUUCACGCUGCUGACCAGAGCUCUAUUCGUCGGAAAACCGAGUUCGAUCGACGUGUCUUGCCCAUCGUCUGCAUUCUCUAUACGCUCUCCUAUCUCGAUCGAGGAAACAUCGGAAAUGCCAAAACAGCCGGGAUAGACCGCGAUCUUGGCCUGAAUGACUACCAAUGGUCGUGGGUGCUGUACUCCUUUUACAUCUGCUAUAUCAUGUUUGAAUGGACCACACUUCUGUGGAAGCUCUUGCCAGCACAUAUCUAUGUUGCCACGCUGUGUGUUUGCUGGGGAGCUGCGGCAAUGUGCAGUGGUGCCGUCAACAAUAUGGCAGAGCUGGUGGUCUGCCGCUGUCUUUUGGGCAUUUUUGAAGCGGCCUUCGGGGCGGGUGCUCCAUACUUCCUCUCGAUGUUCUAUCAAAGAGAGGAGUUGGGGUUUCGUACAUCCAUUCUACUGGGGAUGUCGCCUGUAGCCAAUUGCUUCGCCAGCGCAUUGGCGUACGCGAUCACCAGAAUCAGACAUUCGAUCGCCCCUUGGAGGUUUCUGUUCAUCAUUGAGACAUUCGUCACAACAGAAGGAGCUCCGACCGUGUUAUUCGCCCCUAUUGUCUUUUUCUUCCUGCCUGACUCUCCCGGAUCUGCCAAAUUCCUCACUGAGCAUGAGCAGACCCAAGCUGUAGAGCGCCUCCACACCAUGGACCGAACCGCCAAAAACCGUAUGGAAUGGAAGCAAGUACUCCGGGGGCUGACAGAUUACAAAAACUACAUCCACAUGUCCAUUCAUUUCUGCUGCAAUUACUCCUUCGCUGGGCUGUCCAAUUUCCUCCCGACAAUUAUCGAGGAGAUGGGCUACACUUCCAUCAACGCGCAGGGACUCGCAGCACCGCCGUAUUUCGCCGCGUUUCUUCUGUGCGUGGUGGCUGCAGUCAUAUCCGAUAAAUGGGGCAAGCGAGGUUUAACCAUCACUUUCUUUGCGACAAUGGGUAUGGUUGGGUAUUUGAUUCUUGCCGCUGUACAAUCUGAGACACAGCCGGGAGUCAGAUACUUCGGUAUUUGGCUCGCAACCUGCGGCAUCUUCCCGUCCCUUUGCAUCAACAUCACCUGGUUGCUCAACAAUCAAGGUGGUGACUCGAAGAAGGGAGCUGGAAUGGCAAUCCUGGCGGUGUUUGGACAGUGCUCCAGCUUUGUCAGUAGUUCGGCGUUCCCGGAUGCUGAGGGGCCUUUCUACGUUCGCGGAUGUGCAAUUGGGUGUGCCUUGAGUGGAGUUAUUGCAUUGUUGGCACUGGGCCUCUAUGCGAAAUUGGCCCACGAGAACCGACGCCGCGACAGACUGUAUGGCAAGGUGGAUCAGAGUGUAUUGCUUGCGCCAUAG